AUGGGUGGAGUCGGCAAGACAACCCUUGCUCGAAUGCUUUACAAUGACCAUAAGGUGGAAGAACAUUUUACACUUAAAGCUUGGGCUUGUGUUUCAGAAGACUAUGAUGCUAUUAGGGUAACUAAAACUCUUCUUGAGUCAGUCACCUUAAAGCCUUGUACAACGACAGAUCUGAAUUUGCUUCAAGUUCAACUAAGAGAACAACUGAAGGGAAGAAAAUUUUUAUUUGUGUUGGAUGACAUAUGGAAUGAGAAAUAUACUGAUUGGAAGUGCCUCCAAACUCCUUUUACUUCAGGGGCAAGGGGAAGUAAAGUCAUUGUAACAACAAGGAACAAAAAUGUAGCAUCAAAAAUGCAAAAUGUUCCUAUUCAAUCCCUGGAACCAUUAUCCCAUGAAGAUUGCUGGUUGUUACUUGCAAAACAUGCUUUUGGAAAUGAAAACUCUAGUGCACAUCCAAACUUGGAAGAAAUUGGCAAGCAAAUUGCACGCAAGUGCAAUGGGUUGCCUUUAGCUGCACAAACACUUGGCGGUGUGUUACGGUGCAAACUAGAUUUCGAGGCAUGGAACAGAGUAUUAAAUAGUAGCAUUUGGGAGUUACCUUACGAGAAAAGUGAUAUUCUUCCCGCUCUAGGAUUGAGUUACCAUUAUCUUCCAGCCAAGUUAAAACGAUGCUUUGUUUAUUGUUCAAUUUUUCAAAAGGACUAUGAAUUCAAUAUAGAAGAUGUGGUUUUUCUUUGGAUGGGAGAAGGUUUAAUUCACCAAGUUGAGGAUGGAAAAAGCCUCGAAGAGGUUGCUAAGGAACAUUUUGAUGAAUUGUUAUCCCGAUCUUUGUUUCAACCGUCGGGGAAAUCAAGUUUCACAAUGCAUGAUCUCAUCAGUGACUUAGCUAUGUUCAUGGCUAAGGGAUUUUUUUCCAGGUUGGACGUGAGAGAAUCACAUGAAAUAGAAAGAGUUCGCUAUUUGUCAUAUGCAAGGGAAGAAUUUGAUGUUGCUCAUAAAUUUGACCCAUUAAAGGGAGCUAAGUGUUUGCGGACCUUCUUGCCUACCUCUUUGAAUCCAUACGAAAAGUGUUAUCUAAGUAAACAGGUUCUACAAGUUUUGUUGCCAUCACUAAGAUGUUUACGGGUCUUAUCAUUGUCACGUUAUAAGAAUGUCACUGUAUUACCUGAUUCUAUUGAAAAUCUCAUUCACUUGCGAUACUUGGAUCUCUCCUAUACUGCACUUGAAAGGUUACCUGAUGUUCUUUGCGGUCUUUACAAUUUGCAGACGUUACUAUUGUCACAUUGUUCCUCUCUUGUCGAAUUGCCUACAUAUAUGAGAAAAUUGAUAAAUUUACAGAAAUUAAUGUUAACAGGUUGCAAGUCUCUUACUAAAUUGCCCGUAGAUAUGAGAAAAUUGAUUAAUUUGCAUCAUCUUGAUGUCAGUGGAACUAAGAUUGUAGAGAUGCCAGUGCAAAUGGGUAGACUAAAAAGUUUGAGAACAUUGGCUGCUUUUGUAGUUGGGAAAUCUACUGGGCCGAGCAUUGGAGAAUUGAGGGAGCUCCCACAGCUUCGAGGAAAGCUUUCAAUAUUGAAACUGCAAAAUGUAGUUGAUGCUAGGGAUGCCUUGCAAGGCAAUUUGAAGGAUAAGAAAGAUCUAAAAGAGUUAAAGUUGAAAUGGAGUGAUGAGGAUGCAGAUGAUUCCCUAAAGGAGAAAGAUGUACUUGACAAGCUCCAACCUUGCGUGAAUUUGGAGAAACUAACUAUUAGAUCCUAUGGUGGAACCCAGUUCCCUAAUUGGUUAGGAGACUCGUCCUUCUCUAACAUACAAGUCAUGUGUCUCAAAGAUUGUAGUUACUGUUGGUUGAUGCCACCAAUUGGGCGGCUACCUGCUCUCAAGAAGCUCAAGAUAAAAAGGAUGAAACUUGUUAAGACGAUUGGUGUUGAGUUCUAUGGAAGAAAUGAAGGUUCCCCAAUUCAGCCAUUUCAAUCUUUGGAGAAGCUGCAGUUUGGGGAAAUGGCAGAGUGGGAGGAAUGGGUACCAAGUGGAAGUGGAAGUGGAGGUGAAUAUGGUCCAGACUUUCCUCGUCUCCAGGAGCUGAUUCUAAAAGAUUGUCCGAAGCUUAGAGGAAGCUUGCCCUUGGCUUGUCAUAUGCCUUGCUUGAAGAAGCUUUGGGUGACUGGGUGUGGGGUUUUACAUGAUCAAAGGGCCACCACUACUACUACUUCUAGUUUUAAAAUGGACUCCUACAAAUCUCUUGAAGAAUUGUUUAUCGGUGAUGUAUACGAAACAGGUCUGUUAUCGUUCCCAGAGAUACUAUUGCCCAACCUCAAUCGUCUUCAACAUUUGAGUCUCUGUGAUUGCCCAAACCUGUUGUCAUUCCCUGAAGAUGGUCUACCUACUACGUUGACAUCGCUUGAGAUAGUCAAUUGUAGGAGAUUAGAAUUCCUACCUCAUCAGAUGAUGGCCAAGUUGACCUCGCUUGACAAUUUGCAGAUAUAUUAUAGCUGUGAUUCAAUGAGGUCCUUUCCGUUGGGCAUUUUUCCCAAAUUGACGUCGCUUUACAUUUGGGAGUGUGAGAAUCUGGAAUCCCUUUCCGUUGAAGAAGGAGUUGUUGAGAAUCUCAGUCAUCUCAGAACUUUGUAUAUCACAGGCUGUCCAAAGUUGGUGUGUUUUCCGGGAGAAUUGCCCGCUCCCAACUUGAAUGACUUUACAGUCCGUGAAUGCCAGAAUUUGCAGUCAUUGCCCGAACGCAUUCACACCCUCACAGGUCUUCAACAUUUGGGGAUAAGGGGUCUUCCAAAUCUUGAGUCAUUUGCAGAAGAUGGGGGUUUGCCUCCCAAUCUCCGAGUUUUUCGCCUUGAGAAUUGUGAGAGACUGAGGCCUUCAUCAGUGGGAGAGUACUGGGGUUUGCAAGGACUCGUCUCCCUUGAAGAAUUUAGCAUUGGUGGUAGGGGAAGUGGGGAUAUCUUGGAGACGUUGCUUCUGGAACAGCUGCUCCCUACUACUCUUCGCACUCUCCGCAUCUGGGGACUUUCAAGUAUGAAAUCUUUGGAUGGUAAGGGACUUGGACACCUCACUUCUCUUCAAAGCCUACAUAUUAGUGGGUGUGACAGUAUCCAAUUCCUGCCAGAAGAGGGUUUGCCUCCAUCUCUUUCUUUCCUGAGAAUCUCCCAAUGUUCUGCCCUGGAGAAAAGACGAAGUACUGUUUUUGGAUAUUUCACUCUCAACUCUGAAAUCAAAGUCAGACUUGAGAAGUUUUCCCAUUUUUGGAGGUCAAAGCAACGUGUGAAGGCAACCAUGAAUGAUCUCAGAGUCGAUGCUGAUGGUGUAAUCAUAGAUGUCAUCUUAGCUGCUUACUUCACU